GUCUGUGAUUUUGUUGUUAUUCUCGUUUUCUCUUCAAUCGGCUAAAUACAAAAUACUCUAAAACGUUAAGUAUGAAGUUAAGGUAUAGUAACACAUUUAUUCAGUGCUCAUACCUAUACAAUAAACGAAAAUUUUCAACAGUUUCAAAUGAACAAAUUCGGAGAAUGAAGAAUGAGUUGUUCGACAAAGAGAAACUAAGGCAGCAAUCUUUAAUAACUAGAAUCCAAAAAAUUGAAGUAAAAUAUAUUGGUGUUCCUACAGAUUGUGUUUUGAUGAUGAAUCGGAAUAUAUCUACUCCGUAUAAUUGUGCUAUGCAUAUGCACGAGUUUCUCUGUCAAAGAUCAGUAGUUGCUGAAGUAAACGGAAAACUGUGGGAUAUGCACAGGCCUUUAGAUGAAGAUUGCGAAUUGCGACUAUUAAAUUUUCAAACUUCACCCAAGGAAUUAAAUAAAAUCUUCUGGAGGAGCUGUAGUUUUUUACUUGGCAUGAUCAUUGAAAAAGCCUUCAAAGACGAUUACUUUGUUGACCUUCAUAGUUGGCCAAAACCUUGCGUUGAAAGUGGCAGUUAUGUGUAUGAUGCGGAAGUAGGUAUCCCAAACUGGAAGCCAACUCCUGAAGAAUUGAAAACCUUUACAACAAUGAUAUGGAAGCUUGGUGCUGAAGACAAUAUUUUUGAAAGACUUAGUGUCCCAGAGUCAUUGGCACUGGAAAUGUUUCAACAUAAUAAGUUCAAACGCCACCAGGUUCCAGAUAUAUCCACUGAUGGUUCUGUUACUCUUUAUAGAGUAAAAGAUCAUAUUGAUAUUAGUUGUGGACCAAUGAUAGCCAAUACAAAAAUGGUGGGCACUUCUCAGUUCACUGCAGUUCAUCAGUUGGAUCAGGAUUGUGGUUACCGAUUUCAAGCACUCUCAAUUCCUAAACAACUCACUUUGAAUAGUUUCGCCUUUAGUGUUCUUGCUGAACGAGCUAAGAAACUGAAUACAUCUGGUUUAAAAUCCCAUGUAUCCAAGACUGAAAAGACUGAUGAUUUUGAGGCUAAUCCUGAAAUAGAAAAUGUAUCUGCAAAACAGUGAAAUAUGUAUUUGAUGUUAAAUAAAAAUUUGUA